GCGUGGGCGUGUGGUGUUGUUAUUAUUGUUGUUAUUAUUGUUGUUGUCGUCGUCGUCCACGGGGUUUGUCAUGGUGUUCGACUCUGGGUCAGAGUUUCUGUUUCCGGUAACUUUAGGUGUUUCGCGGCACGUACUCUGCUCAUUAGCAGCCCUAUUAGCUUCCUAGCCUGACUUACAUUAUUCCUGUUGUUGUUAUUUUUUUUUGUAUUAAUAGCAGCCGUUAAGAACAUGAAUAUAAUUAUCUCUGUUUUUUUUUGACGGCUGGUCCGGACCGGGCUGAUAAUGCCGGAGUUUGCACUUCGGACCCCCGGCCAGCGUAACGUUGUCGAAGCGUUCGGCGAACGUUACAGAGACGCCGCAGGACGUGCUUGGCUUUAAGGCUUGAUUUUAAGCUUUAAAGUAAUUCAAUAAAUGGCAUGGCAUGUUUUGAGGGGAGAUAAUGUUUUGUAGUCUGAGCUGGUAACCUCAGGACCGGCUGGCUGUUUGAUCAUCAACGACCAUCAGCAAACCGCUGUCAGGCGUCAGCCGGCAGCAGAUGGGUGCCCUGCUCUGUGGCCGGCGUGACUUCGGGACACCACGCCAGACUGACAGGCUGCUCUGCGGGCCCCGCCAGUGACAGUGGGAGGAGUAUGGUGAGCAGCCAGCCCAGGUACGAGCUCAUUCAGGAGGUGGGACGCGGCAGCUACGGCGUGGUGUACGAGGCGGCCGUGCGCCGCACCGGCGCCCGCGUCGCUGUCAAGAAGAUCCGCUGCCACGCCCCCGAGAACGUAGAGCUGGCCCUGCGCGAGUUCUGGGCCCUCAGCAGCAUCCAGAGCCAACACCCCAACGUGAUCCACCUGGAGGACUGCGUGCUGCAGCGGGACGGCCUGGCUCAAAGGAUGCAGCAUGGAUGCGGCUCCUCGCUCUACCUGGAGCUGGUGGAGACUUCCUUGAAGGGUGAGAUCGCCUUUGAUCAGCGCUGCGCCUACUACCUGUGGUUUGUCAUGGACUUCUGUGACGGCGGCGACAUGAACGCCUACCUGCUGUCGCGCAAGCCCAGCCGCAAGACCAACACCAGCUUCAUGUUGCAGCUGGGCAGUGCACUGGCUUUCCUGCACAAGAAUCAGAUCAUCCACCGCGACCUCAAGCCUGACAACAUCCUCAUCGCUCAGGGCUGCAGCCCCGCCGGCUCGCCUGAGCCCACCCUCAAAGUGGCCGACUUUGGCCUGAGCAAGGUGUGCUCCGCCUCGGGCCUCAGCCCCGGCGAGCCAGUCAGCGUCAAUAAGUGCUUCCUGUCCAUGGCAUGCGGCACGGACUUCUAUAUGGCGCCGGAGGUGUGGGAGGGUCAUUACACGGCCAAGGCGGACAUCUUCGCCCUGGGCGUGAUCAUCUGGGCCAUGCUGGAGCGCAUCACCUUUGUGGACGCGGAGACGCAGAAGGAGCUGCUGGGCAGUUACGUCCAGCAGGGCUCGGAGAUAGUGCCUCUGGGGGAGGCACUGCUGGGGAACCCGCGCAUGGAGCUCCCCAUCCCGGCCAGGAAGAAGACCAUGAAUCCCAGCAUGAGGCAGCUGCUCAGGGAGAUGCUGUCGGCCAACCCGCAGGAGAGGCCUGACGCCUUCGAGCUGGAGCUCAGGCUGGUGAAGAUCGCCUGCAGGGAAUGGGACUGGGGCACGUGAUGAUGGAACCCAAAGUCACCAUUCCCAUCCCCUUGCACUAACACGCUCGCACACACAUGGCUUCCUGCUCGGCCCUCUUCGGCGCUCGGCACGUUAACCUCGAGCUAAUCACUGAACCCCAGCUUUGCUCUUCCUCCUCCAACCCCUGAGUUGAAGGUGCUUCCGGAACCCUUCCAGGGUCUCUGCUGGGGAAGUCCCCGAUCUCCCACUUGUACAGAAACCUCCAAGUUCACUACACAGCGGCCCAUGCUCGCACACUGGCCCUCGUGAACGGUGCUCUAUACGUGUAUGCCGUUGGCCUGCUUGGAGCUCCCGUCCCACCACUGGCAAGGAGACACUGGCCAGUGAGCUCCCAUUUCUCUGGGUCCAGCUUCCCAGUGGCUAAGUGGCUUGGGAGUUCAUCAAAUACAUGUAAUGUAGCAAAAAAUCUCUUUAGACCCACACUGCACAUACAGUUUGUCAGGGAGCCUUUACCCAGAGGCACAUGUCAACAAACACCAUGGUAAAUUACUGUCCUUAUCCAAUGAAAAUAUUAUUCACCAGCAUAUUGGAAGAGGUUUAUCAGUGCUGUUCAGACUGUCAUAGAACCUCUUCAUUUCCCGUUCUGUGUUUUGGUCAAUAGGUUUCAGCUGGUCAAACGCCACGAAAAAAAAUUCCAGAUUCUUCCAAACUCUGUGGGCUGAUACCUGCUUCCACAGAGGCACUUGUCAUGUUGAUUGCAGCUUGGGGCAGGAUUUAAUGUGUUUUGGAAUGCCUGUGUGUUUUUUUUUCCCAAGAUCUCCAUAAAGGUCUAAUAUUGUUUUUCAGGCCUUUUACAUUAGAAAAGCAAUUGAUAUUUUGCUUUAGUCUUUUGACAUCCAUACAGUUGGAGACACCAGUUCAUAACUGUUGGACCUGUUUGUACUUGUGGUUACUUGACAGUUAAUAUUGUAUAGUUAGGAGUUGAUCUGUAUGCAGAUAAUUAACUAAGGCAUUGAUUUUGAACUAUAUAUUUGGGGCUGGAACCGGAAAAGCUACCUCAGCUCAGCGGAAAGUGUGCAUAAAUCUUUAUAUGUUGGGGAAGAGCCCCUGUCCAGCGUUGGCUCCAGAGCCCAUCUCGUCACAAUGGUCUCUCCCUGAGAUCACACAUAGUGGUGGAUGUGCUGCUAGAUACUGAUGGGUAGGGAGAGCGUGACAUUUUCAAACUGCUGCCGCUAACGACUCACAAGUCACUACUCCCCUCCCCUGCUGUUCUGUACCUAUCUCAGCUCCGCUGAGGCGACUGCCGGCAUUAACGUUGUUUCGGGUGACGCGUUGAAGUGCUGUUUUCUUUCUUUUACUGUGCCAUUAUCGAGUUAGCCGAUGGCUAACUGACACGGCGCUAAACCACAGGCCUUAACUGCUCGUCUUUGUGGAAACUGCCAACAGACGCUCCCUUACACAUAAGCAAAGACUGCAGAAAUGGUCAGUUUAACUCCACCGGCCUUUGAGAAUCCAUUACUGGUGUUCAGUAGAUCUCUGUUCUCUGGCGGUAAAUCGUGGAAGAAAAAUCAGCGUUAUUUUCGAAUUGAUAGUAGUUAGUAUAGGUCUGCUGCUCUAGGGGUUUAAUUUCCCUUCUGCUGUGUGUCACUAAAUAUUUCUCCAAAUUCAUUAACUUCAUUAACAUUCACAGAACGUGUUUCCUUAUGCUGCACAUACAGUAUCCAGCAGGAGGUGUAGAAAUUUGUACUGUUUUCACUGAUUUCUGUCACUGCCAGUAAAUAAUAAAUUAUUCUCGUUAGUAUUCUGAACUGUGGUUGGCUCUGCAGUCAUUAUAAUGAACAUUGUUGUUUGUCUUUGGGACUUUCCUGAGAACCAGUUAAGCGCUCCGAAUCCCACAGCCUGGAUUAUGUUUUUGGAAAUGGUGCCAGGCAAACAGAAAGCUGGGAAAUUCAGGAAACUUGACCACAACAGAAGUGGUUCAGCUGCAUCUUCAAACAAUAGGAGCUGCUUCUGGAGUGAGGACUACUGGCAAAUGUCAGCUGAGGGCACCUCAGAAACUCCACAUCGCUGCCUGUUCUGCAAAUAUCCUACCAUCUUGAGGUGUUUUCGCAGAGUUCCUGAGACUUGUUAACAAGCCAUCAUUCAGCUCAUCCCAGAAUUCUGUUUUCCCCUGGUCCACCUGUAAAAAAAGCUGUCUGUGAAUGGGAUGACUGGUUGAAUGUGUGGUGAGUGAUUACCUGUCUUGAUGGUAAUAUCACCUGUGGUGAGUGAGUUUUCUUUGCAAUAUUCGUAAUUUUCUAAGAGGUGUGAUUUGAAACACUGUUUUGUGUUCUGUAGAGUCUUAUAUUUUCACUGGGAAAUGUGAAAAUGUGUUAAAUUGAUUUAUCCAGUUCUGUUCUUUUAGUUUCUUUGACCGAAAGAGUUUAGUAUUUGCGAAGUGUUUUGACUCGACUGCUUGGAUUAGGUCUUUCCAGCUCAGUUAGAAAUUGGAUUCCUGUUUUAAUUCUUUUAGUAAAUGGAAUCAGGGAGUUUUUUGUUUUGGUUAAUUAGGACCCUGUUGUACCAGAAUGCAACAAGCCAAGUGUACAGCAGCUGGAACUGAGAACCUUGUUUUCUAAACCUUUUCAGUCACUGUAAGAUAUAUUUUGGGAAAAAAACAAGUAUAUAAAAAGUGGAAAUGACUGUCACUUGCUGUUAAAUUUGGACUUUAUAAAUAAAAAUCUGUUCUGAA